AUGUGUAAAGCAUAUAAUGUAAAUGUUAAUGGAUUGGGGGGUUGUGUUAUUCUGCUACAAGUUUGGGGAUUUACAAGGAUACCAUUUUUAGCACCAAUUAGUUCUAACACACCAAGAUACUCGUACACAUCAUUGUUACAGACAACAAGAAGAAGAAAAAUUUCUCUCGCAACCCUCUCCAUUACCUCACGGUUAUCAUUUCAACAUAGAACGUAUGUCACCAAACAACUUCAUAUGGAGGUCAUAUCUUGGAUUAUCACAAUUACAAAAUGA